CCCACUGCGUCUCUAGUAGCAGGAGGCUUCACUUUUCUGCAUGUGAGAAUCUGCACGUAGCCAUUCAGACUUUUAGGGAAUCCAGCCUCUUAAAGCUAGAUGGCCAACAACACAGCGCCACCGAAACACCACAAAUAGGACGAACCAUACCAGACUACCAGUGUCCAUCUAUCUUCUUCUUCUUCCCGUCAAACUGCUGCAGCGAGUUGGAGUUGAGACCAAACCAGCAACAUUUCUGCUCUUCGGGAUGCCCUCUAUUAGGAUGGAGCUGCCAUGUUGGUGUUUAUUGCUGCUGAGCUCUCUGCAGUCGCUCUCGGCCAACAAAGACUUCUUCACCUCCAUAGGCCAGAUGACAGAUCUGUUGUACACAGAGAAAGACCUCGUCACCUCUCUAAAGGACUACAUCAAAGCAGAGGAGAACAAGCUUGAGCAGGUCAAACGGUGGGCUGAUAAGCUGGAUUUGUUGUCAGCCACAGCCACACAGGACCCCGAGGGCUUCCUGGGGCACCCUGUCAAUGCCUUCAAACUGAUGAAGAGGCUGAACACAGAGUGGGGGGACCUGGAGAGCCUUGUGCUCAGUGACACCACUGAGGGAUUUAUUUCCAACUUGACCAUCCAGAGACAGCAUUUCCCCACAGAUGAGGACCAGACCGGGGCAGCUAGAGCUCUCCUCCGGUUACAAGACACUUACAGACUGGAUGCCAACACCAUCUCUACAGGAGAUCUCCCUGGAGUGAAACACAAGAGCCAUAUGACAGUGGAGGACUGUUAUGAGCUGGGGAAAAUCGCCUAUUCUGAUGUUGAUUACUACCACACAGAGCUGUGGAUGAUCCAGGCCCUGAAACAGCUUGAUCAGGGAGAGGAGUCUACUUUAGAUAGUGUGACAGUGCUCGACUACCUCAGCUACUCAAUCUACCAGCAGGGGGAAUUAGAGCGAGCCCUUGACUACACCAAGAAGCUGCUUGCACUGGACCCAGAGCAUCAGCGCGCCAAGGGCAACCUAAAAUACUUUGAGUUCCAGUUGGAGAAGCAACAAAAGGCUGCGGAUGACAAAACACAAAAACAGAAGGAGCGAGGGAAAAGAGAAACAACUGAAAAGGAGGAGAAGCCCAAAAAGAAGGUCUCCUUUCAGCUGGUCCCAGAGAGGAAGAAGUAUGAGAUGCUUUGUCGUGGGGAGGGCAUCAAAAUGACCCCCCGCAGGCAGAGCCGGCUGUUCUGUCGUUACUUCGACAACAAACACAACCCCAUGUACAUACUGGCACCUGUCAAACAGCAAGAUGAGUGGGACCGCCCCUACAUUGUCCGUUACCUUGACAUCAUCUCUGACCAAGAAAUGGAGAGGAUCAAGCAACUGGCAAAGCCACGACUACGCAGGGCCACCAUCUCCAACCCCGUCACAGGAGUGCUGGAGACAGCGCCAUACCGGAUCAGCAAAAGGCGAGCCACGGUGCAUGACCCCCUAACCGGGAAACUUACCACGGCCAUGUACAGAGUCUCCAAGAGUGCUUGGCUCACUGGUUAUGAAGAUCCAAUAAUUGACAAGAUCAACCAGAGAAUUGAAGAUCUCACAGGGCUGGAAAUGGACACUGCAGAAGAGCUGCAGAUUGCAAAUUAUGGCGUUGGAGGUCAAUACGAACCUCACUUUGACUUCGGAAGGAAAGAUGAGCCAGAUGCCUUUAAAGAGCUGGGCACUGGGAACCGCAUAGCAACAUGGCUCUUCUAUAUGACUGAUGUAGCUGCAGGGGGAGCUACUGUUUUCCCAGAUGUUGGUGCAGCAGUUUGGCCCCAAAAGGGCACUGCAGUGUUCUGGUACAAUCUGUUUCCCAGCGGGGAGGGAGACUACAGCACCCGACAUGCAGCUUGUCCAGUGUUGGUCGGCAACAAGUGGGUAUCAAACAAAUGGAUCCAUGAACGAGGCCAGGAGUGGCGGCGACCUUGUUCCCUAAAUGAAACUGACUGAUGGAAAAAGAAAACCUCCUCUUCACCUCCCUGGCCCUCUCUCUCUCUCUCUCUCUCUCUCUCUCUCUCUCUCCCUCCUUGUGAACCACCCAGGACCAAAGAACGCCGCUGCAGAUCACACAUGAUACACAUGGAUACAUGGGGUCCAAAUGGCUCACUCCCUCUCUACAAACACUCCCCUUUUUUUUCCCCCAGCUGUUAUGCUCUGAGCACAGAGAUUGUUUGGGUUAAUGUCGAGCCCCUGGACAGUAUUAGCAUCACUGUGACAGAGAACAUGUUCUUAAGAUUGUCGGGUGGUUUGGAGAAACACUCGUGCCCUUUUCACUCCCUUGUGUCUUGCCUUUGCACUCUGUAUGAACUCUAGCUCUGUGGUGAGGGUAUCCUUCAGUAGGGACUGUAGGGACCAGCUUCCAAACUGGCAGUUUGACCUUAUAUGUACAGUUCACAUUCAUUGCAUUCUUUUCAUUUCAUUAGCAGAGCAAUUGGGGCGCGUGGUUUUUUGAGAAAAUUAAAGGAUUUUUAAAAACAUUUUAAACAAUGGAAAUUCACCGGGGCUGCACGCUACUUCUUUGUAAAAUGACUGUAUAUGCACCACCUUCAAAACAAGUUUAAUGUUUUUCUUAAACUGGCUUUUUAAUGAGAGGGAUCGAAUUAGCAUACAGAAGGUUUACUGAAUUUCUUUAUUUACAUUUGGUAAAAAUCUCUGCUUCCAAUAACUUUUUCUAACUAAAAACAAAGUGCUCUAUGGAAAGAAUGAAAAGAUACAUACAAAAAAUGACCACAAUUCAGGGUAGUGUUUUGGUUGAAAGAAACACUUUAUUCCCUUUAAGUUGUGUAACUAAUCAGAACUGAUUUAAGUUGCAUGGCUACAUCUAUGCAGUACAUUUUGACAUAUCACAUACCUUGUUGGUCUGCCUCAAAGCCUAAUGUGUUUUCUUUUUUUAAAGUCAUUUGAAUGGUCACACUAUGAGAUAUUGUUAGAUUUUUUUGUACUUGAAAAUGAGGAUGUUCACAAAUGCGUGGGCAACACAACACCUGGAUGCAGACACAGUUACAUAUGCACCCCAGUGCUGCGUAGAAUUUAGUAUUUGUUCACCCUGAUUGUCCCAGGACCCAAAUGACCAUUCAUUGAAUAAGUAAGAGCAACAAAGGAACAAGUAGUACAUGAACAUUAGAGGAGAAAGAAGAGUGAGGCUGUAUACACCACAUUGUGCCGUGACAGGUAUUAAAAACACAGUUUUACAUAUAUAGAGUGAAUGAUUCUGUUAGGGGUUUUAACAGUGUCCAGUGCUUUUCAGUGUGAGAUUAUAUAUGGGUUUUCCAAGGAAGAAACAUUUUUAUUUAUAUGUCCCAAGCCAAUUUUGUGUUGUUUUUUUGUCUUAAAAUGAAAGUGUUACAUUUUCUACAAUAAAGACUGUUUUUAUUGAUCUCAAGA